UUAUAAAAUAAAACCCUAAUUAUAAAAUCAGCCGCUUCAGCUGCGCUUCUAAGCUCUCACGCUUCCCUCACAAACACACCUAUCAGCGUUUCUUUCGAUCUCCUCUCCCACAUGGCUCCCAAAAGAGGCGUGAAGGCCCCACUAGCAGCAAAGAAAAAACCUGAAAAGGUUGUAAAUCCUCUGUUUGAGAAGCGACCAAAGCAGUUUGGAAUUGGUGGUGCCCUUCCACCCAAGAAGGAUUUGACUAGAUUUGUCAAGUGGCCACAUGUUGUUCGUAUUCAGAGGCAAAGAAGGAUUCUGAAACAGCGUUUGAAAGUUCCUCCUGCUGUUAACCAGUUCACAAAAACACUUGACAAGAACCUUGCCACGCAACUUUUUAAGUUGUUGCUAAAAUAUAGACCUGAGGACAAGGUUGCGAAGAAGGAAAGGCUUCUUAAAAGAGCACAAGCUGCUGAAGAGGGAAAGACUGUGGAAUCAAAGAAGCCUAUUGUCGUUAAAUAUGGUCUUAACCAUGUAACUUACCUCAUUGAGCAGAACAAGGCCCAGUUGGUUGUUAUAGCUCAUGACGUGGAUCCAAUUGAGCUUGUUGUCUGGUUGCCAGCUUUGUGCCGGAAAAUGGAGGUUCCUUAUGCAAUUGUGAAGGGCAAAUCACGUCUUGGAGCGAUUGUCCACAAGAAAACAGCAUCAGUUUUGUGCCUUACAUCAGUAAAGAAUGAGGAUAAAUUGGAGUUUAGCAAGGUUUUGGAGGCAGUCAAGGCUAACUUCAAUGACAAGUUUGAUGAGCACCGUAAGAAAUGGGGGGGUGGCAUCAUGGGUUCCAAGUCUCUGGCUAAGACCAAAGCUAAGGAGAGAGUCUUAGCGAAGGAGGCUGCACAAAGAAUGUCAUGAGCUUCUUCUAGCAAGCUAUUGGACAGAAGUUAUAGUCGAGAGGAACUUCCAUAGAUGUUCUUAAGCACAUGCUUUUCCCCAUUGAUUGCACUUUAUGUCGUUACAGACAAGUUUUGUAUUGAUUCGGUAGUAGAAGUAUUUUAUCAUGAGCAAUAUUUAUAUAUUCAAUGGAAAGAAUGAAAACCAACAACCUCAGUUUCUCGUAAACUGAUUGAAUUUUUAUUUGGUAUUUUAGCAUUUUGGUUGUGCA